GGCACAUCAAGACGUAAUAGCGCAAGGGCAACUGUAGCCAUAUAUAAUUGGACACAUCGUCUGGAUUUCUGCGUUGAUUUAAAUACCUGCUGUUCAAUAUGGUUCAUCGCAACAUUGUGCAUAGGUAUCCGUACCAAAUUGUCGGAUUCCGAGGGCAGUCGCCGCCCGUGGACCCCACUUUAGUCGGCACUGUGGGUCGAUUUCCUCCGGCCUGCUCCGGCAGACACAAUUCUUUAAACGGGGGGUUUGCUACUAUACUUUACCUGCUAGGUUCUAUAGGAAGACACGCAUCCAUUUCAAGCUGCUAUUGUCUUGUCAAAUGGACGAGGCAUAUGUCCUCUAAUAUGCUCACUAUUGGGACUGAAGACGCAAACACUGGGCGCCUGUGCCGUGUGUUGCGGCCACCUCGUGUCGGUGGGACAGAAUUGGGGUCGGUGAUGCCUGGUUCAAAUGGCGGCAUGGCGGCCUGUGUGUUGUGUCGCGCUUGCCGCACCAGUCUCAUGCUCUCAUUCAGUUUGGAACCUGGGUCUCUGCUCAGCGACGUAUCAUACCAAUGAUUGAAGACGCUGUGUUAGAGAGCUGCCCGACACUGGGUGACUGGCCGCUCAGCGGCAUGUAGCCGUCUUGUGCGACACCGGGACCGGCCUAGAUCCCAAAGCAGAGGCAGGCACAAAAGGGGAGGGCCACCUAAAUCGUUUCUUUUCUUAUUCGAGUCGCGUUUUCUUCUCUGUCCUCUGACGACCCGAGCGCUGCGUCUGCCACUUGACGCAAUCGGGAAUCCCGAGGCAGCUACAUAUUCGUGCCUAGUGUACAC